CAGAUCCGAGCUUUAGUGUGCAUCGUGGAAACGAAUCCGAGAAUCCAUUGCCGGUAUAUUUCGAAAAUAACCCUAUUUUGUCAGAGCCGAGUUGAGUGAACAAUCAGAAAGGAUAUUACAGACACACGUUUCAUUCUUAGAUAAUGCAGAUCAACACGGGAGAUCUUUGAAAGCUGAUAUUCCACAUUUUUAGGCAUUGGUUUGUUUCGUAGCGUCAUUUUUUGCUCCGCACGAUUUUCACGACCAAGCACACUACACUGCCUGCUAAUGCCAUUUCCCACUGUACCAUACCACACCGUCAGGUGAAAGACCGCAGUGAAUUAUUGGGGCUGGGGAGAUCUGGCCGACAAUCGCGGCGGCCUGUGCCUGAGCUGGCCUAAGUAAUGUUAGACAUGUUAGAUUUCGAGCUUGUUACUUCAGCCUUGUCUCUUGCAUGAAAUUUCGCUCUGGAACUGGAAUAAUUGUAAAUAGCGUCACUCAUUCACACAUAACCGUGAGACAUAGAUAUUCGAUCUCGUCUCCACUUGGAAUUAUUUGGAAUUACCUAGUAGGGCCUACCCGUACUUACUACUUAUAGUAUUACGUACUUAGCUUAGAGUUAGAUCUACGUCACUGGUCUUCACUUCAUUCGGUCUCAAGAACGACAUCACAUCUAGUCCAGGCAGCAACAAGAAAAUAACGUAACACGCGCCAGCCUCAAAAUCAAGGCAACCCUGGAGUUAGACUUAGAGCUCAGCCACAAGCUCGUCAACAGCGACACAACCAUUACACUAGUACUAGGACGGGCCCGCGCCGGGGACAUCGUAGUAUCGACACCACCUGUGAUAAACGAAAUACUUGUCUGUUCCCUUGAGGCUGGCAGAUGGAGUGUCCUCACUUGUCCCACAAUGUCAAACAAGAAGUUUGUGAGAUAACAAAGAAGUCUCACGGCGAAUCCACUUCGUCGUGGGUAUGUGCAGUUUGUCGGUCUAACAAGAGUCCCUGGAUGUGCUUAGCUUGUGGAGUAGUUCUGUGUGGAAGGUAUGUGAAUGGGCAUGCCAAGAAACACUUUGAAGAAACCCAACAUUCUGCCUCCAUUAACUGUGAAAACUUAGCUGUAUAUUGUUACGUGUGUGAUGAACAUGCCCUCAAUGAUAACAAAACAGAAACCAUCAAACGUGUUCGCCAAUUACUUCAAGCAAAAGUCAAUCUUCAGUAUGAGAAGCAGUUGAAGAGUUUAACAGGAGAUGUGGCAGGAGAUCAUAUAGAUGGUCCACCCAGGAAAAAACUAGCAGCUAAUACGAGAGCCAAUAUUCCAGGGUUGCGAAAUCUAGGAAACACCUGUUUUAUGAAUGCUGUACUGCAAUCACUUAGUAAUAUCAACCAAUUUUGUGGCUACUUCAAAGAUUUACCAGCUGUGGAACUUAGAAGUGGCAAGACAGCAGGGAAGAGAAUCUACAACACAAGAAAUAUGAAACAUGAUGAUGUAUCAUUGGUAGAGGAGAUCAGGAAGACUUUAUGUGCUUUAUGGCAAGGCGAUCAGACAGCUAUCUCACCAGACUCACUCUUCUCCGUCAUGUGGAAGAUAUUCCCAAGGUUUCGGGGUUACCAACAACAAGAUGCACAUGAGUUCAUGAGGUAUCUACUAGACAGACUCCACACAGAACUCCAAGGCUCACAUUGGCCUACCACACCUAGGAAACAAACUAAUGGCCAUCCAACCAUCGUCAGUCUUAUCUUUGGUGGUCUUCUUCUUAGUGAAGUCACAUGUAGACCAUGUGGUUCUCUCUACAAGAAGAUAGAUCCAUUUCUAGAUGUAUCAUUAGAUAUUCCUGAAAGGUUUAGACCAAGAAGUAAAAAUAAGGACGGUUCACAAGUAUGUAGGUUACAAGAUUGUCUAUAUAGCUUCAUAGAGGUUGAAGAGCUGGAGGAGACAGAACAGUACAUGUGUCCAAAAUGUCAACAAAGACAACCAUCAACUAAGAAAUUCUGGCUCAAAGCUAUCCCAAAUGUACUAUGUAUACAUCUAAAGCGCUUCACAUGGUCUGGUUUUCUACGAACCAAGAUAGAUACCUAUGUACAGUUUCCUAUGAAAGGCUUAGAUAUACAACCUUACAUGCUUGGUACAGAGUGUCAAGAUGAGAAUGUUAGCUCAACUGUUUAUGAUUUAGCUGCAGUCAUUGUACAUCAAGGGUCAGGGGCUGGUGCUGGUCACUACAUAGCCUUUGCAGUCAACAAUGGUCAGUGGUACUGCUUCAAUGAUAGUACAGUGACCCCCGUAGAAGAGAAAGUCAUUACGCGAUGUAAAGCCUACAUCCUUUUCUAUGUCAGUCAUCAAUUCAAGGAUGAUUUCCUUUCCUUCUCUAGCAUCCACAAUGGAAACAUUCCAUCAUAGUCACAUGACCAGUCACAUGAUAUGUAGUUAGCAUGGACAAGAUUGCCUAUAUAUUUUUGUUAAAGAAUCGAUAAAAGAGAUGAUAUGAGAUGCGAAUGUUGUCAUGAUUGUUGUAAUAUCUUUAUAGGUAUGUUGCAGUAAUGGCUUGCUACUGUAACAUUCAGUGCUACAAAGGGUUUAAACUGCGGCUCAUUUCUAAUGCAUCGUUUCUGUCCAUCAUUAUCAAUUGCUGUCCCCAUGUCCUUCAAUGUAUGCUUCAACGUCUGCUAAGGUUACAUUUGUUUCAGAGAAGUGGGAAAAGGUGUUUAACAUUUAUCAUGCUUCUACCAAGAAUAUGAAUAUAUGUAUGAAGUAAGCACAUUUCAGAUAUUAUGCAGCUGUUAAAAACAGGACAUAAUGAUUCUUAUGCCCUCCGAAAGGCAAAACCCAGAGAGGAUAUUUAAAAGAAUAAGACAGGUAAUAUUGAUUGCAUUUAUAUGCUCUAAAGUUGUAUUAGACUUCAUUAUUCAAAUACUUAUCAAUGCUUUUUCUUAACGUUUCAUUGAAUGACUCUACUCCUUUGGUUGAGAAAAGGUUAUAUUAAUCUAGAAUCUGGAUGGUCCCUAUACAAUAUAUUGUGGAAUUAGAAGAUUGAUAAAGUAGUUAAUGAGUAAAGUCUUUCUUUGGAUAACUAGGCACUGUCUUACUAAGAGUUGCAAUAAGUUCAAAUCAAGCUCAAAAUUGCAAUUGAAUCAUUGAUACUGAUUUGAGAUUGAUUUUAAUCUCUUUGAAUUCAAUGUAAGACAGUGCCUUGGUGUACUUAACGGGAAAUUCACACUUUUGAUCAGAAAAAUCAGAGAAAAAAUUAUGUCAGAUGUUGCUUUCCUCAAAUUAGCAACAACCAUUCUAUUUUUUAUCCACAUACAAAUAUUGUUUCAACACAAGCCAAAAUGAAAUUAAAGAUACUGAAAAGUUGCUAAUUUGCAUUUUCAACAGUCAUUUCAUUGUUUGUAUAAUGUUGGCAAUUUAGAGAGCAUAUUGAUUAGUUUCAGUUAUACAGCUUUUAAUCAGUAAUGGCACAUCAUGCUUCACUUGAAAUUGUAUAUUUUUUCUCAGUUAAAUAUUUUCUCUGUUUAUUCAUUACUACUUGUAUUUAGAAUAAGGAGAAAGUGCAAAAGUGGCAUGUAAACACAUACUCUGGCCUCUAAUCUGAAAUCCAGGUUAACUUAGUAGACAGUGAUCUAAGUCCGGCAUAACAUUGUGAGAAGCCAAAAUUUUGUUUUCAUUGGACUUUUCUUAUGUUUGUUGAUUUUGUUUAAAAAUCCAUGCAGGAAUAGUAAAGGAAACUACUUCAAUUAUUAUUUUCACUCAAAGUUGGUUGGGAGUGCCAAAUAAACUGAUAAAUUCAACCUCUAAUCUUAGAGACUUGUGUUAAUUUGACUCUCUGUUAUGUAAACCAUAACUUGACCAGAGUUUUUUAUUUUAUUUAUUAAACCUGAGUUCAGAAUACAGGACUUACAUUUGGCUAGUGAUUUAUUGGAUACAAUGUCAUACCAACAACUCUCUUCAUUCUCUUUAGAAAUUAUUAUCUCUGUUUGGAGAUAUAAGGUUUUGCCUCCAUAGCCUUGUAGAAGAGCCAUUGAAGGCAGAGUUGCUGUAUCACUGAUGUCCAAUUUACAACAUAUUUCAUAACUGUAAUGCCCCAACUCCUUGAUGUAAUUUGUCACCAUGUCAAUGUUUAUAUUCAGAGUAUGUCCAAGAGAACAUUAAUCCGUCCAUGUUCAUGUCUUGAUUUUCUCAAUGAUUGUUUUCAUGUUUCGUGGUCUUUGACGUUAGAAUUAGAUCCAAAUAGGGCUUUGGUAUACUGAUAGGCUAAUGACGUUAUAAGCGGUCCAUUUAUGUGCACAUCAUUAUUGUGGAAUACAUUUACAUUCUUGUUUAAUUUGAAUUGUCAGGAACACCAAGCGAUUGUAGGAGCAGAAAAUGCAAUGGGUAAUACAUUUCUUGAGAGGUAUUUAUAGAGUCUACUACAAAUACACGCACUAUCGACACAUGAUUGAAGGUAUUAAGAACUACGCACUUAAGGUACCUUUGGAAGAGUUCUAAACAUGUUCGUGGUAUUAUAUAGUUGCAGGCAUUUGGACAGUCUUAAAGAUACAAGUGUGUGUAAUUGUUGUAAUGCCUGAGCAAAAUUAUAUGUUUUAUAAGAUAGUGUUUAUUACUCAUUUCAAAAUCAUGACCAGUCAUUGGAACUAGUCAUUAGCAAAUUUUUCUGUUAGCUAAAAUUAACGACUGGUGAAAUAUAUGUGAUACAUUAUAUAUUUUAGCAAAUCAUUUGAUAAGGAUCCAUUAUGAAAACUAUAUUUUUCUUCCAUUACUUAGUUCAAUUCUAUCAUUCUCAUCGUCGUCUCGACACAUUUUUUUUUUUUUUUUUUUCAAUUAAAUUAAUCUGUUUUUUUUUCUUUCUAUUUUCUUCCUCUUGUUAGGACUGUUUUUCAUCCUUUGUUGGUGGGAAUUAAUGUUGGAAUUUUCCAUAGCAAAGCUAAAUCAUUGUAAAACAAAGGUUAUGGUCAGGUCCAAAAUGGCAAUGUCUUAUUAAGAUAAUUCUAUCAAUGUACCAGUAUCUUGGCUUGAGUAGUUGAUGAAGUGAAGAAAGAAUGGGGAAAAAAUUGGGGUCAGAUGUGCAAGAUUAAUUCAUGAAAUUACCAUGUAUGGAGGAUUAUGACUUUGAUGGAUUUCCAUUCAAUAAGUUUCAUCAUUUUUUUAAUGAUUAUUUGGUAUACGGGGUCCAGAUGUUUAACAUCCUUACAGCUUGGUCAUGACUCAACCAAUUCCACACCAUCUUACUCAGAAAUAUAUUGUAUAACAAUUUUCAUCCAGGUGGUAACUAAGAAAUUCUGUAAACAACGGCAAUUCAUUGACCUGGGUCCCGUAACACAAAGGUUAGCGAUUGAUUGUACGCUUGAUUUUCACAAUUGAUUGCACAUUAUAGUCAAUGGAAUUAAUCGUAGAAAAAUGUUCUACGAUCAUUGCUAAGCUAUGUGUUAUGGGCCCCGAAAGAGGUUUAAUUAUUUUGAUAAUAGUCUCACAAUUUGACAGUUUUGUUUUUUCUUAAGUAUCACACAAUUAUCAAUACAGAAUGCUAUCUCACGCAUAGUUACAUAUCACAGUAAAGCCAUAGAAAUUAUAUUACAGCACAUUGAAAUGGACGGGCGGUAUUCGACGGACCACUGAACGUUGCUAAAGGCUAAUACAGGCUACUUUAAAAUUGGCAUCUCUCAACCAUUCAGUACAAUGUUUUUACUAGCUGUGGUUAUUGAUAUUAUACAGGUAUUGCCUACCCGGAGUUUGAAUAUAACAUUUCAUUUCCCUGAUGGAGUUAUAGUCUUCCCUAGGGAUUUUAUGUUACCCGAAGCAUGCAGUGCUGAGGGAAAUUAUACUAGCUUCAGAGGGGAGUUGAAAUGCAUUUCUUAAAUGGACAGACCAGUCAAUAUAUGUUAUAUUAUAUAGUCUAUGUAGAUUCACCAUCUGAGUCUUCAUUUAGGAGAUGGAUUUAUGAUCAACUUGCCAUGCUUGCUUGCAGCUCUGAUCCGUCUAUGUCAUAGUAGAAAAAAAGAAAUUGGGAAAAAUACAGCAAGCGCGUUCUUUGGGCAGUCGAUGCAUUAACACUAGCGUGUAAAUGUACAUUAAGUAAUAUAAUUGAUUUAUGCAACUUCAAAGCAGUGGGUGAAUAUACCUCUGCCGUUUACACAGUUAUUUUCACCAAGGCGACAUAAAAACCUAGAAUAUGACAAAUGUGAUCCUUGCAGCUAUGAUCCUGUGAUGGCGUAUUGACCUAUCACUGAUUCGAAUCUUCAUGAACUAUGUGAUGUAAUAUUUUAUCAUACAGAUGUUAAUAUACAAAUAUUCAAUGUUUAUGAGUGCUAUUGUUCCGAAUAUUACAUGAGCGUGCAAGUUGAAAAUUUGCAUGAAUGACAAAACAUUGAAUUUUUGUUUUAUAAAACACAUGAUAUGUAGAUAUAGUCUAGACCGAAUAAUAAAAAUAGAUGGAAAAUUAGGCCUAAAAAGAAUACAGCUGAUUCCUUUGAAUGUCACAUGACACGCAUUCAUCCAAUCAGAUGUCAAGGAUCUAUGUAUGUGUUGUAUAAUUUGAAGUAAUGAUUAUGACAUUUUUAAGGUACCAGAUACAGGUGUUUCUAAGUGCACAAUUUUCUGACGAUGAAUUAUUUACUGGGAUUUUAAGAAUAAAAGUGCUGUCAAUUAAUGAAUAAGUCAACAAAACAAUAAAAAAGAUGCAAAGAUGUGCACCUCCAUAUUGACCAAGCCACAACUGAUAUGAAAGUGGGGGGAAUCUAAACACUAAAUAGAUGGGAUAUUAACUUGGUUUGGGAAAUUCCACCCUCUCAUGGUAGAUGCAAAGUGGUUGAAAUAAAAAUCCACUCCCGACAUAAAUUUUCCCUAUUUCCCUAUUUCUCAACAAAUGUCAUUAACUCUUUACACGCUGAAUACAAUUUUUUGGGGAAAAUAAUGACAAUUGUUUCCAUGUUAUUUUCUUUAAUUCAAGAUUUCCAUAUUGCACCAUUGAUACUUAUUAUCAUUAUAAAGAUGUUAUCCAAAAACUAUUGCCUUUUAUUAGCUUAUCUAAUUUGAAGGUAUAUAGGGAGAAAACUAAUUAUUACGAUUGUUGAAUUUAAUUGUGCGAAUGUGCAAGAUUGCAACAUCAGCGCGCAAAGGGUUAACUUUAAGACAUUACUCAAAUGCAAUACUACCUUCAUAAGAAGGUAGUAUUGCAUUUGAGUAAUGUCUUAAAGUUGAAGGUAGUAUUGCAUUUGAGUAAUGUCUUAAAGUUAAUGACAUUUGUUGAGUGUUCGUGUUAUAUUUCUUUUCCUUACUUUGGUUGCUGAAACAUCAGCUAUUGUUUAGUCUGAUAUCCAUUAUAUAUUAAAAGGUAACCUAGAUUUGUUGUUACCCAUCAGUCUUAAUCAUGGUAAAAUAAGAAAAAAUCAUGGUUUUGAAAAUAUAUUGAUGAAAACCUAUGAGAAAUCCUUGAUGAUAUGUUCAGUGUAAACUGAUGUUUUUUUCAUUACAAAGUUGAUUUGGAAAGGUUUAUUGUGCUGUAACCAUAAUGUAGGAGAGUGUUGAGAGAUAAUAUGAAGGACCAUAUUUGUGCAAUUCUAACCAUUAUCUAUGAUGUGCAUAGUAAGGUUAUGUGAAAUUAAUCCCUCACAGUCAUGUAGGUAGCAAUCCUUUCAGGAACUAUGAUAUUUACCAGAAGUAUACAGAUAUGCCAACUCUUUCCUUUUUGCAGUAUUUUGUCUUU